AUGGAAUCUUUGGCAACAACCAUUCGUUUUGUCACGCUGAUCUGCCGAACACUUUCGAGUGAACUCCAACAGGUCGCCCUGUCUAGACUUCUGCGAUAUCUCUGUGUGCCUUUUGCUGCACUGCAGGAAACACGCAUGAGAGAUCGGCCCGUCAUCAGCUUCGAAAAUUACACCAUAUACUGCAGCGAUGCUGAUGAGAACCAAGUAGGUGGCUGCGCGAUAGCUGUGAGGAACGAUUACAAGAACCUGGUGGAGGAAUUUGGCUCAACGUCGUCUAGAUGCGCCUUUUUACGACUGUGGGAUCGCAGAGGACAUAAACUCUGGAUCGUAAAUGCUCACCUACGGAAACCGCUGAGGACAACAGUGGUCAUUGUCGGAAUCGACGCAAAUGCGAAGAUGGGACUCGAACAGCAAUCCUAUGUGCUAGGAAAAUGGUACUAUGCAGCGGAGCGCACGUCGGACAACGGUGACCGUCUGGUCGACUUGUGCGAACAGACGGGCCUCAUCAUCGCGUUCACGUUUAAGAGGAAUCAUCGACGCCAUCAGCUCACGUGGCAGGGGUCAACCCUUUUAACGCCUGAAGAGCAGCGCAAGCGGAAGAUGGGGACUCUUAAGCUUCAGCUCGACUACGUUCUGGCGAGGAACAUUCCUCAGUCAGACAUCCGAAAAUCUAGAGCUGUUUGGGACGUCGCGUUCGACUCUGACCACCGUCCAGUACUUCUCAGCUUCAAGAUACGGUUGAACAAGAGAAACCGAGGAGUUCCUCUUCAACCGAAAAUCGACACGGCAGGUUUGAAAGACGAUGAAUGCAGAACAAAAUUCCGCCAACGACGCUGCAAGGUUCUAUUGCCGCAGAAGAAGUUUGCCUCUGCAUGUGCGGAAACAAAAUCCACAUACAAUUCUGUAUGUGUCGCGCGCAGCGCUGGUGACUUCAACCAGGAAAAGCGUCUCAGAAGGAAGCUGCGUCGUCAACUGCAACAAGACCGCGAUAACGAGUGGACGUCAAGAGCGAUGGAGUUUGAGAAGGCGUGGGAGGACAGGAACCCGCGGAAAGCCUAUGUUCUACUAAAACAGUAUAGCGGCAAAAUGAAAAGAUGUUCCCCUGUCCUCAACACUGCCAAUGGGGUAGCUGUCGGUGAAGCAACCCUUCCAAUUUGGAAGGAACACUUCAAGACCUUGCUGAACCGGCUAGCACCGUCAGCUCCUGAACUCGAACACGUUCAUAGACCGACAUAUGCGGUUAACGAGGAGCCACCGAACGAGUCGGAGGUCCUUGUCUGUAUUCAAAAAAUGAAGAAUGGAAAAUCUGGUGGAGACGACGGGAUUAGCGCAGAAAUGCUAAAAUAUCUUCCUAUGUCUGGGAUUCAAAUAACGCGCGACGAGCAAGCUGGCUUUCGUCCUGGCCGAUCUACGAUUGACCAGGUGUUCAUCGUCAGGAGAGUGAUCGAAAUCUGGCAGCGGUACUCGAAGCCAUUGCAAAUAGCGUUUCUGGACUUUGAAGACGCGUUCGACCCUCCUCACCGAGGCCGUCUUCUCGACGCGCUCCGCACCGAUGGAGUACCAGGAAAGUUCGUUCGCUUGCUUGAUGACAUGAAUCAACGAACAACUGCUGCAGCUCGAACACCAGCCGGAUGUACAACACCGUUUGAAGUGGUAACUGGAGUAAGACAAGGGGCAGUGGCAGGACCUUUCCUGUUCAAUUUCGCAGUCGACGACAUUAUGCGAAGAACAGUCGACCAAUGUCCUGCCGACAUUGUCUUAGCACCAUCUGGGUGCCCCUUGACUGAUCUCGAGUACGCCGACCAUGUUGUUAUAUUCGUGGAAAGCAGUACGAAACUUCAACAUGUUGUCAACCUUGUAUCGAAGCUGGCUGCAGCCUAUGGACUACGCCUACGCCCUGAUAAAUGCAAGCAGAUGUGGAUCUCUUCGAGACCACGAACGGGAAUCAGGGUGGACGGACAACCGAUAGAACUAGUCGAUGAGUUCUGUUACCUAGGCUGUACGCUGAAGAACAAUGGCAGCUACGAGGGAGAUGUUCAGCAAAGAUGCGCUAAGGCCACUUCUGCAUUUAACUCCUUAACGAAAUGCCUGUGGUCGACCCCCAUCACCAACGAAGUCAAGCUGCGAGUCUACCUAUCCCACGAUGUACGGAUCGGAGACUUGGACAGCACCAUCAACAGUUAUGAAGAGGCUUGA